UGCACGCUGUUUCUCUGGCAGGUUUUUGCAAUACCACAGGAUUCUUUGAAGUUUUGGGUAGAAGUUGCUGCUGCUGCUGCUGCUGUCUGUCUGUGUAUGUUUGAGCUGCCACUUGUCUUCAUUUAUCUCCUAAGUUUGCCCCAUCGCGUCUCAGAAGACAAGCAGUUUGUGGAGGAGAUCCAAGAAUCUUGUGACUUUUCUCCUCUUUCUGUCCCAUUCCCUCUUAUGUCUGCUCAACAGACGCAUUUCAGUCCUCCCUCACAAACACACGCCUUGCCUCAGCUUGGCCUCUUUCCCUUCUUGUAGCUCCACUCUCCUGUUCCCUACCUCCUUAACCUGUCCAAGAAGGACAAUCCUGUUUUUUUGCCAAGUUUGUCCGACACCGUCACUGCACCAUUCCCUCGCACCCCUAACCCUUCUGUUCCCCUAAUGGGCACCAUAUCAGACAGCAGUGCCACAUUCCCUUCAUCGCCACUGAGAACCUCUCUCCACCCCUAACCGCCUCGCCAACACCAACAUCAACACGACCCAAUGGAGACAAAAGAUAUGAUGAUGACGAGCAUGUUGACAAUGGACAAAGGGGAGAAUGAGGGAGAGAGGGACAAAGCGAGAGAGGAGGUCGGGGGACAAGAGGAGGGGACACAGCAGGAAAAUGAUAGACUGGUGCUAGCUGACGGUCUCGCGGAAAAAGGACCCAAGAGCCUGACCUCUAGCUCUGGACAGCAGGUGUCCAAUGGCUUCACCACGUCCACCCCUCAAAGCCCCAGAGACGGACCAGGUGCCGCAGCUAGCUCUGGGGGUACAGCCUCUGGGCCCGGAGGAGGCGCAGGGUCUGCGGCGCUGCUGGGAGGCCUCAGGACUCUGGUGGUCCAACAAACCAGCUUGGAGAGGCCCAGAGAAACCUGGAGCAAGAAAGUGGACUUCUUGCUCUCUGUGAUCGGCUACGCUGUGGACCUGGGAAAUGUCUGGCGCUUCCCUUACAUCUGCUACCAAAAUGGAGGAGGUGCCUUUUUGCUGCCCUACCUGUUGAUGGCAGUGUUCGGAGGCGUCCCUCUCUUCUACAUGGAGCUGGCUCUCGGCCAGUUCCACCGCAACGGCUGCAUCUCCAUCUGGAAACACAUCUGUCCCAUCUUCAAAGGGAUCGGCUUUGCCAUCUGCAUCAUAGCCCUCUACGUGGCCUUCUACUACAACACCAUCAUGGCCUGGGCCUUGUACUACCUGCUGUCAUCAUUUCGACCCACCCUGCCCUGGACCACCUGCACCAACAGCUGGAACACCGCCAACUGUAACCGUUACAUGUCCACCGACCACAACGUGUCGUGGUCCAACUCCUCCACCUCCCCCGCAGAGGAGUUCUAUACUCGCCAGGUGUUGCAGGUUCACCUCUCCCCGGGAUUGCACCAGCUGGGCUCUGUCAGCUGGCAGCUGGCCCUCUGCCUGCUCUUCAUCUUCACCAUCGUCUACUUCAGCAUCUGGAAGGGAGUCAAGACGUCUGGAAAGGUGGUAUGGGUGACUGCUACCUUUCCCUACCUGGUCCUCCUGGUGCUGCUCAUCCGUGGGGCCACUCUGCCAGGGGCCUGGAGGGGCGUGGUCUUUUAUCUCAAACCUGAUUGGGAGAAGCUGCUUAGCACAACAGUGUGGAUCGAUGCAGCAGCUCAGAUCUUUUUCUCACUGGGUCCAGGGUUUGGCGUGCUUCUCGCCUUCGCCAGCUACAACCCGUUUCACAACAACUGCUACAAAGACGCUCUGGUCACCAGCUCUGUGAACUGCCUGACCAGCUUUCUGUCUGGCUUCGUCAUCUUCACCGUGCUGGGCUACAUGGCUGAGAUGAGGCAGCAGGAUGUGGACGCUGUGGCCAAGGAUGCUGGUCCCAGUCUGCUCUUCAUCAUUUAUGCAGAAGCCAUAGCAAAUAUGCCUGCAGCUACUUUCUUUUCCAUCAUCUUCUUCCUCAUGAUCAUUAUGUUGGGUCUGGACAGCACGUUUGCAGGGUUAGAGGGGGUGAUCACAGCUAUGCUCGAUGAGUUCCCUCAUAUUCUGGUUAAGAGACGAGAGUGGUUUGUCUUUGGACUGGUGUGCGUCUGCUACCUCGGGGCCCUCUCCACACUCACAUAUGGAGGAGCGUUUGUGGUGAAGCUGUUUGAGGAGUACGCCACAGGCCCUGCAGUCAUCACUGUGGUUCUGCUCGAAGUCAUCGCUGUUUCCUGGUUCUACGGUACCAACCGUUUCUGUAAUGACGUCCAGCUCAUGCUUGGUUUCUACCCGGGUUGUUUCUGGAGGGUCUGCUGGGUGGCCAUCUGCCCCUGCUUUCUGCUGUUCAUCAUCAUUAGUUUCCUGGCCUUCCCUCCAGAGGUCAGGCUGUUCGACUACCAGUUCCCGCCUUGGACCACUGUCCUGGGCUACUGCAUCGGGGUGUCCUCAUUCAUCUGUGUGCCUGCUUAUAUGGUCUACCACUUGCUCAAUGCCAAGGGCACAUUCAAACAGCGUCUGUUAAAGAGUAUCACUCCAGAGCCCAGCACUAACCAACACAGAGACUUCAUUGUCACCAACGCAGUCUGACCAAACCUGGCCAAAAGAAGGUGCCACUCUAGCUGCAGCGAGCGCCAUCUUCUGGACAAAUUGCAAAACUACAGGACAAGGGGGCUACCUUUCACCGUCUUUGCCUCUUUUCGUCACAUGUCCCACACUUGUUUUUAGCUGUCUCACACCGACAUGUAGAAUCAGAGGUGGAGGUAGGUGGGGCCAGGUUGCAGUAGCUUUGUUUAGCUUGCGUUAGCUUGUUUCUUUAUGCUGGUUGAGUUUUGAGGGAGGUGUCUGGCGUCACUUGCAAACCCAGAUCUUAUCUUUCCUCUCACAAGCGUCACCUAAAUCAUGUAGUGACCGACCUUUCUUCAGGUUUUACAGUUGUAACAAAUAUUUUAUACAAUUAUAUAAAGUAUGACACAAUCUAUGUAGACAAUAAACUGGAGAUACUGCAUAUAGAGGCCAAGUGACAGAAGGCCACAUAGUUACAUUUCAAUCCCCUCUCAUUGGUUAUGGUUUUGUUUUCAUAUUAUGCUGUUAAGUUCUUAUUUGUAGCAAAAUUCAGGUAUCUUUUUACAUCUGUUACUGAAGCCAAAUAUAUGAUAUCUGUUCUGUUCAGAUUUCUGAAGAUGUUUCAAUAUUGUAGUUGUUAUGUUGCGUUGACUGUCGGCCUGUGUUUAUUUGGUGAAAUCUUGGAUGAACCACGGAUUUGCAACAAGUUCCCUACACUGUGAAGCACUGUCUGCAAGUGGCAUAAGUGUGUUUGUGUGCGUGCGUGCGUGUGUGUGUGUGUGUGUGUGUGCGCGCGCGUUUGUGUGCAUGAAAGAAAGACUGUUAUAAUGUCCAGUGGAAAAAAAUGGAUCACGGACAGAACCAACCAUGUGUAUUCAUUCUAUAACUGCAAUAUGAAAUGUGUGUGUAUUUAUUUUAGGAUGUAUCACUGCUGUUAGUUCAACGUCCCACACUUCAGUAUGACAAACCAUUGCAUGACAUCACAUGACCAUACAGCACAGUUCUUUAUGGUUUAAUCACAGUGACGUUCUCUUGUCAUACUGCACACCUGUCAGUAAUAGAAACCAAAUAUGGAUCAGAGCUAAUAACAUUAUCAAUAGCAUAGUCUGGAAAUCAGCGUUACUGCUCUUUACUUUCUACCAAAAAUGUGUGUGUUUGUGUGUGUGUGCACAGGUGCCUGUGUGUUUGUGAGAGUGUGUGUAUCUGUGUGUAUGUAGGAGCAGGAGUUAAAAUAUGGCAAGUACUGUACAUCAUGUGUAUUCACUAGUCAGUGUGGUAUUGGUGUAAUUUAUCCUGUGAAUACCUUUCUCCUCCCUCCAUGGAUGUGUGUGUGUGUGUGUGUGUGUGUGUUUAGUUCUUGUGUGGGCUUGAGUGUUACGUGUGUGCACCUUGAUUAGAGUGGUGGUGCCAGUAUGGGUGGUUGUGCAAAAAAAAAAAAAAAGAUUAGAGGUGUUCAGCCCCUUUGUGUGUGCAUGCCGUGAUGUGUGUGUAUAUUGUACUUCAAACACGGGCGUGUGUGUGUGUGUGCGUGUGUGUGUAAUGUGAUCUCCUUGUCUUGUCAACUGCCAAAAUAUAAUAUGAAGGAAGUAAACUCCCUCUUGCCUCUCUCUCUCUCUUACCUCUCAAGCUUAUGUAAGAUCUAUGUAUGUCAAUAAAAGACUGUAUUGAGAAAUACACCUGUAUAGAAUACAAAUAUAUAAAUAUAUGGGA